AUGUUACGUGCUCCGGCUGCAGAACGUAAUGCUGUUCAUAUUGCUAAUGUUCUGGCAAUGUAUCUUCUUAGAGAUAUGAAGCUAUUGGAAAUAUCGUCUGGUACUGGACAACAUAUCAUAAAAUUUGCCGAGAAAUUCCCUUCUGUUACGUUCCAACCGUCUGAAAUCGACGCCAGAUCUCUUCACAGUAUCGUCGCUUACAUUGAUCAUUAUAGACUAGCAAAUGUUCGGGUACCUCUGUUCAUCGACGUUGCGAAACCUGUGAGCCAUUGGGCUCUUCCAGCUGACUAUGCCCCCUUAGCCGUAGAUGUGAUUCUCAAUAUCAACAUGAUUCAUAUAAGUAGCGAUGCUGCUGUGGAGGGACUGUUCAGGGCAAACGUGGUACUGGACUUCUUAUCACUUAUGGACCAUAUGCAAUUGAUGGCGUUAUUUCACCACAAAGUAAUAUUAGACUUUGAUAACAACUUACGGAGUCAAAAUCCUGAAUGGGGUCUAAGAGACGUCCGAGAUCUGAACGAGUUAGCCAUGCGCUGCGGUAUGCGAUUAGUGGCUCGACACGAUAUGCCUGCGAAUAAUCAUAUGUUAAUAUUCAGCCGAGAUUAA